AUGUACUUUUCUUGUUUGAUCAGGUAUAAAAAUUAUAUCAAGAAUGACAAAUCAGAACAGUUCCAUUUCAGCAAAUCUGCAGCAAGAAAAUAACAAAACAGAUGAAAAAGAUAAAAUCAUGGAGUGGGGGAAAACGAACUUGAAGAACUUACUAUCAAGAUUGUCAUCAAGAGAUAUAAAUUUAGUUGAAACAGCCAUCAUCAUGAUUAGCUUGGUGGGAUCCUUUAUAAUUAUUUUACCAUACACUGUUAUCCAACUUGGCUUACCUAGUUGGCUAUUGCUACUUGCCGUUAUCAUAUUGCUUUUAGCAUACACAAACCAUUUAAUGAACCAAUCAUGUUUACGCAUGCUUGAAGAAUAUAAGGAUGAAAAGUUGGUGCGUGCACCACAAGUUAAAGUUGCUACGUUAGCAGGUGGUAAUGUAUUGGCAUAUGCUGUUGCCAUAACUAUUAAUAUCACAUGUGUUAGCAAUGCAGUUUCACUAAUCCUACUUUCAUCAACGAUUGUAAGCGAAAUUGUUCCGAUAUCUGGUGUGUCUGUGGACAACAGAAUGAGAAUUUGGGCUAUUGUCCAACUGGUAUGCAUCUCUCCGCUUGUGUAUAUUGGUUUCUAUAAGGAUUUAAAACAAAGUGCUCUCGUCGCUGCCUUAUCAGUAUUAUUGGGUUUACUUCUUUCCCUUGGUAUCACUGGUUAUUUAGUAAUAAAGGGUUAUCAUUCUGCAGUAACGAAAGAUACUUCACAUCAUUUUCGGCAUGAGAGCUUCUUUAAAACAUUUGGAACAAUGUUUUACACAAUAGGGGGCAUUGCAGCAAUAACUCCUGACGUAAUUGUGUUUGUGACGAAACCAACCAAAAUGGUUUAUUGCGUUCUAUCUGCGUAUGGUGUGAUUGCAUUCGUGUAUACAGGAUACUGCAUUAUAAUGUAUUCAGCAUUUGGAAUGCAACUUCAGCCAUCCAUGACUGCCACAUUUCUUAAAGCAAUAUCGCUGAACGGAAAUUCAAGCAUGGCAAUAAUAUGCAUCUAUAUUUUGCAGUUGAGUUUGAGUUUACACUUAAUUCUGGCAGCAGUUUUGUAUCUUAAUCCAUUAUUUGCAAACGUAGAAGCAAAUCUCAACAUUCCUAUAGAAAUGAAUUGGAAAAGAUUUGCUUUUCGAACCUGUGGAUUGUUGACCAUUGCAGCAGUUUGCCUUUUAAUUCCAAAAUCUCAGUCAAUGAUAUCUCUAGCCGGUGGUAUUCCUUUAGUAAUGUCAGUUGUGAUAUUUCCAAUUGUUAUAUAUGCAAAGUUGUAUGAACUGACGCUGAACAAAAAGGUUUUAUUGGUCUGUUUAUGGUUAUUUACCGUUAUCUGUAUGGUCGGGAAUUUUGUGGUUAAUCUGCAGGAUAUUGUCACUGGUGUGGUGAAGUAGAUAUUUAUGGUGCGUCGCCAGUUUAUAACAAGAUUUUCAAGAUCUUAUACCCAUAGCGAGAAUUAUGUUUAGCUCAUAUAAAAUUAACAUUUUUACAAGUAAGGAUUUUUCACUUUUUUAUAACUGUAAAAUUAGGUGGCAUCCAAUUUUUAUGUAACACUUAUUUAACACCAGCGUUCCCGUAAAGAAAUGUAAAAAUACAAGAAAAUUAUUUUUUGAUAGAUAUUGUAUUUAAUGGAAUAAUAUUUAAUAACGUAAAGACUUUGGAGCAAAGUUGGAGAUUACAUUUUUUGUUAGA